UAUUUUAGAGCUAAACGGCGUUCUCUAGGUACUAUUUCCUAGCUAAUAAACUAAAUAACUACACAUUUUAAGUUUGUGUAUUUAGCUAGCAUAACUUUAUUGUAUGAUUAGUUGUCUCUUUUCUAUAUUUCAAAGCAAAAUGAAAGACUAUCUGCUGUCCUUUAUGUAUAUGUUUAAUCUAAUUGGAGGACGAAUCUUUUUACAUGAUUUCUGCUUGCUGUCUAUGGAUUCUUUAAUAUCUAACUUAUCAGUUAGAAACAAGUGGAACCCAUAUUCAAGCUACUUUCAUAUUUUGAUUGGUGUAAAGACACAUGUUAUAUGCCUGCUCUUAAUGUGCUAAGCUGCUGAUAUGGUAAGCUCCACGUGUGCUAGUCAUGCAUUAAUUUGCUGAUGGAGUUUAUGACUUUGACAUUAUCUGCAAUGGAGGAUUCUAAAUGAAGAAUCUUCUGGUGAUGGAAGAAAAGAGGAUUCAAUUAUGUAAUGUUUCCCCGAAAAGUUGAUUUUGUAAAUGCUUUCCUAUAUUGGGGGCCCAAGAGAGAACUUUUUACAUUCUUUCAAGUAGGACUAUUAACCACAUGACUUCUUUUUAGUAAAAUUUAAUCUGCAAACUCUAGUUUUAUCACAGGGAAACCUUGAAGGAUUAUUUUUACAUGUCUACUUCUGUCUUCAACUGAAUUUCCUGAAGCAUUUUGCUGCACGAGUUGAUAUUGCAAAGUUACUAGGAAACUAACUUCUUUUUUUCCUAGUGCAGCAACCAUACCUCCACCAUGUGCGUUACUACAAAUAAAUCGACUAGGCAUUUCAGAUAUUCCAUCUGAUUGUUUGUUCUUUCAACUUAUUGAGUUUGAUGUGUGAUGAAAGUUUUGUAUAUAAUGUGUUUGUAGUUUUCUGAGAAGUGUCUACCAAUGUUAGUACAAGAAGUGCAGUUCAGGAAGUUCCUUUAAAGAUAGCCUAUAUUCCUGCUUGGAGCAAGCACAUGUAGAACAUUUAGUUAUAUGGAAAAACUGACAAGACUUAGUAGAUAGCACAUUAGGAAGAGAAAAGGAGUUGAGGCAGCAUUUUGUUUUAAAAGGUUCCCCUUCUAGGAACGAGCAUACACAAUCCAAGGAUUUGGUUAUAUGGAAAAACUGGAAUAAACCUUAGAAGUUUAUGUUUUACAUGGUAGGAUUGGUCUCACCAUAGAAUGGUGUGUCCUUAUUCCUUAAUGAGAGUGCUGAAGAAGAGAAAAAAGUUAAAGGAUUUCAAUAAGUUCCACAGAUGUACUUUUUGUGGCGUUGACUGGAUACUUAUUCAUUUCUCAUUUUCCUUCUUCUUGUUUUUUUUUCUUUUGCCUGGCUUCAAUGUUGUUGAUGAGGAAGGGGAAUGGAUCAGAAGAAGAUCAGCUGCAUCUUUUUUAUUAAAUCAAUGCUCUUAAUUGGAAAUGGAAGAUGCAAAAGAUGUGAAAGGAAGUUGUCCCCAAGAAUGUGCUCCUAAACCUGAAGUUUCUGUUCCGAAGGAGGAUCACUCACAUAGUGCAAAUCCAACUAGGCAACAUAUGAAUGAAACAGCAAACUCUGAAAUUCAGGAGCCCUCCAUUAAAUCUGAUGGAGCAGGUGAUAUUUCUAAAACAGCAAGUGUUCAAUCAGCUGUGCCGACAGUUCAGCAGGAAGCGUCACCUAAACUGGUAGAGGAUCUGAAAUCGUUUGAGCCUCCAACAGCUCUCUCAGAAGCCAGUUCAUCGUCUAUAUUGGAUGCAAUGAAUCAACCGAACAAUACUACAGAUGCACCAACAGAAGAGCAUGAUGAUUCACCUUUAUUAACCAUGAAUUCAAACCCCGCGUCCCUAAAAGAGGAAAACCUAAAAGAAUCUUCUGAUCACAUACAAUCUGAUUCUUUAAGAGGGGAAAAAAAUAAUGUCUCACUACUUCAACACGAUAAUUCUUCAAGUAUUUAUGUUGUUUCUGCUGAUACAAAUUCUUCAUCCUCUCAAGAACAAAAACACAAAUAUAAUAUUCAUGUAGAGGUACCUAACACUGGUCAGUCCUUAACCAAGGCGUCCUGUCUCACAGUUAAGAUUCCAGAACCCAGUGCCAAUUCUAAGCCCCCUAAUAACUCUGUUAUUAACAGAGUUAAAAUUGACACAGCAGCACCAAUUGAAUCUGUGAAGCAGGCAGUGUCCAAGUUUGGAGGCAUUGUUGACUGGAAGGCUCAUCGAGUACAGACCGUGGAGAGAAGGAAAGUUGUCGAUCAAGAAUUAGCGAAUGUGCAGGAAGAGAUCCCAGUGUACAAGAAACAGUCACAGGCUGCAGAAGAAGCAAAAAUGAUGGUGGUGAAGGAACUAGAUAGCACUAAAAGACUGAUUGAAGAGUUGAAGCUAAACCUGGAGAGAGCACAAACUGAAGAGCAACAAGCGAAACAGGACUCAGAACUUGCCAAGCUCAGGGUAGAAGAGAUGGAGCAGGGAAUUGCUGAUGAGGCUAGUAUUGCAGCCAAGGCGCAGCUUGAAGUUGCUAAAGCAAGGCAUGAAACAGCAGUUUCAGAGCUAAAAAAUGUGGAUUAUGAGCUGAAAGAUCUGCAUAAAGAGUAUGAUUUAUUGGUGUCAGAAAGAUAUGAUGCCAUGCAAAAUGCAGAGGAAGCGGUUUCUGCCUCAAAGAAAGUUGAGAAUGAAGUUGAGUAUUUGACUAUUGAGCUCAUCACUACAAAGGAAUCUUUAGAAGCUGCACAAACUGCACAUUUGGAGGCGGAGGAACACAGAAUUGGAGCUGCUAUGGCAAGAGAGCAAGAUACUCUAAAUUGGGAGAAAGAACUAAAGCAGGCAGAAGAUGAGCUUGAGAAGCUAAACCAGCAAAUACGGUCUUCAAAGGAUCUCAAAGCAAAAUUAGACACUGCUUCAGCUUUGUUACUGGAUCUCAAAGCUGAGUUUGCUUCUUACAUGGAAUCAAAGUUGAAACAAGAGACGGUUGAAGAAGGCAAUUUCAGCGAACUGUCAGAACCAGAGAAAAGAACUCAUGCCAAGAUACAAGCAGCGGUUGCCUUGGCUACGCGGGAACUUGAAGAAGUGAAACUCAACAUCGAGAAAGCAACAGAUGAUGUAAAUCGCUUGAAGGUUGCUGCAACUUCAUUGAAGGCAGAAUUAAAAAAAGAAAAAUUGGAACUAGCUUCCAUCCAGCAGAGAGAAGGCAUGGCAUCAAUUGCUGUAGCAUCUCUUGAAGCUGAGUUGAACAGGACCAAGUCAGAGAUUGCCCUUGUGCAGAUGAAAGAGAAAGAAGUAAGAGAAAAGGUGGUGGAGCUUCCCAAGAAAUUGCAAGAUGCUGCCCAAGAGGCUGAUCGGGCAAAGUCACUUGCACAAACAGCUUGUGAAGAGUUGAGAAAGGCAAAGGAAGAAGCAGAGCAAGCAAAGGCAGGAGCAAGUACCAUGGGAAGUAGACUAAUUGCUGCUAAUAAGGAGAUAGAAGCUGCAAAAGCUUCUGAGAAGUUGGCGCUAGAAGCCAUCAAUGCACUGCAAGAGAGUGAAUUAGCUCGAAGAACCAAUAAUGAAGAUUCCCCAUCUGGAGUAACACUCUCUCUUGAAGAAUAUUAUGAUCUCAGCAAACUGGCCCAUGAGGCGGAGGAGCAAGCUAAUAAGAGGUUAGCUGCUGCUAUAACCCAAAUUGAAGUAUCCAAGGAAUCAGAAGUGAGAAGUCUAAGCAGGCUGGAGGAGGUUAAUCGUGAGAUGACCACUCAAAAGGAAGCUCUAGAAAUUGCAAUGAAGAAGGCAGAAAAAGCAAAGGAAGGGAAAUUGGCAGUCGAGCAAGAGCUGAGGAAAUGGAGGGCUGAGCAUCGGCAAAGGAGGAAAGCUGCUGAAUCUCUUCCACUGAUAAACACUAUCAGAAGCCCGAGAACGAGCUUUGAGGAGAGUAAAGCAUCAAAAACCUAUGAGCGCGCACCAGAGGCUGCUUCACUACAUCAUAGGUCAAGUCCAAGAGCAUAUGAGCAAGCAAGUAAUACUGAAAUUGAUACAUCUCCAGAAGUGAAGAUCCCAAAGAAAAAGAAAAGGUCCUUCUUCCCAAGGCUCUUGAUGCUUUUGGGAAGGAAGAAAUCACAGGCCAAGACAGCAUGAUGUGCUUUGGGGUUUUAGAGACUCUCAUCAUUUUAUACAACUGUCCCUUUAUUUUUCUGGUUAUUUGUCUUUGUUGACGGAGUGUAAAUUCUCACUGCUUUUCUGUAUACAUCCCGAGCAUCAUGUAUUGUACAAUAUGACAAAUACUUCUCUCACCUUUUGGAGGGCUGUUUAUAGAACAGAUUAAGGUUGUUAUAGGUUUGGCUGAGGCCAAUAAAGUGGUUCUGUAAGUAAAUCAUUUGCUGCUUCAACUAUUUUAUCCAGCUAGUUCUCAGAUUCUGAAAUAUUGGAUUUCUUGGCAGUAUGGGUUGUAUAAUUCUAGUAUUUUCUAGUUUUUUUUUCAAAUCAUUUGGUAUCCCA